AAUCUACCUGUAGGAUGUUAAAAGGAAGAAUAUGUACUAGAGUAUACGGACCUACCAUAAUAAGGAGGACUGUGUUCGGUGGAACUCAGACUAAAGAUCCUUAUAAACUAUUGGGAGUGAAUAGGAAUGCGAGUGAUGCUGAAAUAAAAGAAGCUUAUCUCAAGAAAGUUAAGUUGUUACACCCAGACUUGAAUCCUGGCCCAAAAGCAGCAAUGCAGUUUAUGGAGGUGAAACAAGCUUACGAUUUGAUCGGUAAAUCUGAUAAAAGAAAGAUCCACAGAACUGCCGAGAGUGUGGGUAAAAAUACGGGAUUUGACGACGCCAUGAAAAGGGCUAUGGGAAAUCAGAAAGACUGGAUGUCAGACUUCGAGAACGCUCAGAAGACGACCGAAGAUCGUUUCAACCGUAGAAAACAGCAAAGACAGCAGUUCGAGCAGCCUGAUUUUGAGAUGGGAAAGAAAGCCAACAUGAGCGCCUUUGAGGAGUGGGAGAAAGAACAUUACGAGAAGCUGUCCCGGAAGCCAGUGGAUCGGUACGGAAUGCCAAAGCGUUUCAAAGAUAUGACUCCAGAAGAAAUGAAUAGUAAAAAGAAACAUGUAGUUUUUUUCUUUGGGGUUACUUUUACGUUACUUUUAUUGAGUUUCAUGGACAUUUAAUGGCUUCUCCACUGUCGCCCGCGUUCAGAGCGACAUAUCUAAACUUCUAUUGCUCCUUUUUAGGAGGGGAUAUUCAUGGUACGCUAGCCUCUGU